AUGAUCGGGGAAAAGGCUGCGGACGAAUGGGUGGCCCGGAUGGCAUAUCUCAAACCACCGGGAUGGGAAAGGGUUGAAACAGGAUCUUCAAGGAAUGAAGAAGGGAGAAAGAUUGUAAGAUGGGGGAUGUGCAAGUUGGAAGUGGAUGAUGACUCUCUCUCGUGGAUCCCCUCCCACACAGUCAGAAAUACUACUAGCCACGCAGUUGAUGCCCAAGUGGGCUGGACUGGUCAUGUUUUUGAGACUGAAAACGGAGUCAUGGCCAUGAUUGGCUGCGAUGCACGUCAACUGCAGCUUGACCUGGCAGUCAAGUGA